AUGGAAUGGCUCUUACAGAGCGAGACCGAUGAGCAAGGCCAUGUGGAACUCAAACACGAUGAAGCCACCAUCAUUGCCCACAAUUUCAAAGGAUACGAUGGGCAGUUUAUUUUGAAUUACCUGGUUCACACGGCGUGUAUCAAACCCACCGUCAUCCUGAACGGCAGUAAAAUCUUAUCCAUGCAAGUCUUGGGGUUGAGAUUCAUCGAUUCUUACAACUUUCUACCCUUUGCUCUUGCCAAGAUGCCCUCUGCUUUCGGAUUAACGGAAUUGAAAAAAGGAUAUUUCCCACACUUUUUCAACACGACAGAGAACCAGCAGUAUGUGGGUCCUUACCCGGCCGCUCAUUUCUACAAUCCUGACGAUAUGUCCACAGCCAAUCGUGAAGCCUUCUAUACUUGGUACCAUCAACAAGAGGGCAAAGUCUUUGAUUUCCAGAAAGAAUUCUUAGCUUACUGCAUCUCGGAUGUGGAUAUUUUACGCCGGUGUUGUGCCCAUUUCAAGUCCACCCUGUUUGAUCUGGUGGAAGUAGACCCCUUUCAAGAAUCCAUCACGUUUGCCAGCACGGCUAAUUUAGCCUACCGACGAGGAUUCAUGGUUGAAAAUACCAUCGCCAUCAUUCCUAAUAUGGGCUACCGGCCAGCACGACGAUAUUCAGCUAAAGCUUGUCGAUGGCUCGCCUGGCUAGAACAUCAACAUCACUGCAUACGACAUGCUAGAAAUGGGGGCGAAGUCACGCUUGGACCCUAUACAGUAGAUGGGUAUGAUGAGGAAUCUCGUAUCGUGUACGAAUUCUAUGGUUGUUACUGGCACGGCUGUCCCACCUGUUUCCCGAAUCUGUUGACUGACAUGCAUCCUCAUCGUGUUCAGCAUACGUAUCAAGACCUCUACCUGGACACCUUAAAACGAGCCAGUGCUUUAGAAGACCAAGGCUAUACAGUCGUGAGCAUAUGGGAACACGAGUUUGAUCGUCAGACCCAGACCAAUCCCGACUUACAGGAAUUUUUACAAGGAGUCGAUAUACAAGAUCCUUUGAAUCCCCGUGACGCUUUGUACGGAGGCCGGACCAAUGCUACACGACUGUAUUGUGAGGAGGGUGACAUGCGAUACGUGGAUGUCUGUUCCCUGUACCCGUACGUGUUGAAAUACAAGCCAUUUCCCGUCGACCAUCCCCAAGUCAUCACCAGCCAUUUCACCGAUGUCAGAGACUAUUUCGGGCUCAUUCGUUGUCGUGUCCUCCCACCCCGAGAGCUGUAUCACCCCGUAUUACCUUACAAGACCGGGGGCAAAUUACUCUUUCCCUUAUGCCGCACCUGUGCGGAACAGCGCAACUUAGGACCCGACGAGCGGUGCCAGCACACCGAUUCUGAACGCAGUCUCACUGGCACCUGGGUGACCACCGAACUUCACAAAGCAUUAGAUCUAGGCUAUCGUCUCGACCGCAUUUACGAAGUUUGGCAUUUUGAGAAAACCAGUGACCACUUAUUUCGAGCGUAUAUCAACACCUUUUUGAAAAUUAAACAAGAAGCUUCCGGAUUCCCCGAGGAUUGUCAAACAGCCCAACAGCAGCAACAUUACAUUGAGGAAAUUCAGCAACGAGAAGGCAUUGCCAUGAAUCCGGCCGACAUCCAGAAAAAUCCGGUCCGAAGAACCAUUGCCAAACUCUUUUUAAAUUGUUUGUGGGGGAAAUUUGCUCAACGAUUACAAUUAUCCAAAUCCCUGUAUCUCACGGAAGAAGAAGAAUUACAACAGAAAUUACAAGAUGCCACUUUAGAAGUCAAAGGCAUCGAACUCUUAGAAAAUCGUGAACGCCCCGAAUGUGAUAUGAUGCUGAUCAAUUAUCAGGAGAAAGAAGAAUUUUUAGAAGACUGCCCCUUUGGAAACGUGGUGCUGGCGUGUUUUACAACAGCUCAUGCUCGUUUACAUUUGUACGAGACGUUACAGCCUUUGGGAGAGCGUGUCUUAUACUUUGACACGGAUAGUAUCAUCUAUCAGCACGACGAGACCCAGUUCAAUCCGACCAUUAUCAACAGUUUAGGCGGCUGGACCGAUGAAUUGGGUGGAGAUCGUAUCAUCAAGUACAUGUCGGGCGGGCACAAAAAUUAUGCAUACGAGACCCAGGGGGGAAAAUCUGUCUGCAAAGUCAAAGGAUUGACACUCAAUUAUCGUGCCUCUAGAGUCGUGUCUCUCGAUACGUUGGAAAAAAUGUUAAAAGGAGAAGAAGAAGAAGUCCAUGUCCGCUAUCCGCACUUUAUUCAACGAACCCGCCAGCAUGAUGUGCGAACCAUUCCUCUGGUGAAGAAAUACCGCAUGGUGUAUGAUAAACGUCAACGUAUUCAUGACUAUGACACGCUGCCUUACGGGUAUUAA